AUGGACACGCUUUACCACCAAACUAACAAACAAAUUCAGGAGGUCCAAUCACUGAUGGGAAACCUGGAGCGAACAGACCGUCAGUCAGUACACUUAUUAGAAAAUGAGCUGUUGGGAAGAAUCGAGCAGAUCUUCAAUCACUUAGAACGCCUUGAGAUCCUCGCCAGCAAAGAGCCACCAAACCGCCGGCAGAACGCUAAAUUGCGAGUGGACCAGCUUAAAUAUGACACUCAGCACAUUCGGACUGGUUUGCAAAACUUUCAACACAGACGAUACACGAGAGAAGCCCAGGAGCGCGAGAGAGAGGAGCUGAUAAGCCGGACCUACACCACAAAUGAUGCCGAUACUUCCAUACCCAUCGACGAGACCCUACAGUUAAACACAAACUUGAACAGCGCUCAUCGAGGCAUGGACGACCUGCUGGGCAGCGGCAGCAGCAUCCUCAACGGGCUCAGAGACCAGAGAGGCACACUCAAGGGAACCCAUAAGAAGAUGUUGGAUGUGGCAAACAUGUUGGGGCUUUCGAACACCGUGAUGAGGCUAAUAGAGCGGAGGGCGACGCAGGACAAGCUGAUCAUGAUCGGAGGGAUGCUGGCGACUUGUGUCUUCAUGUUCCUGGUGAUCAGAUACCUCGGCUGA